AAACAAGACAGACAGAGAGACGGACUGCCGGGGCGGGCCGGGGCGGGCCUAUAGACACUGGAGGCCCCCCCAAAUCGACGGACACGCCCCUGUACUUUGCUAGCGAAAGCAAUCCCCAGCAGGAAACCGACGAAGAAGAAGCGGAUCGAUCGAGUCGGCGAGAGCGAUGGCGGCGCUCCGGCACGCGGCGAAGAGGCUCUGCGAGCGUGCGCUCCAGCAGCGAGGAGCGCUGGUGAGGCCUUCGGUCGUGGCGGAGGGACCUCGGCGUCUCUUGCUAAACGGCGCUUCCCCUGCCCGCCGGCCCAUGUCCACCUCCUCCAUCAGUGGCAAGCCGACAUCUAGUGCAGCGCCUCACGGCGAGCUGGAAUUGCUGGAAAUGCGAUUCAAUAAGAAGAAAGAAGAGAUGUAUGAUUUGCUUGUAGCGGUGAAAAGCUCUGAACUUUACCCAGAGUUGUCCUGGGAAGACAUCCAAACUCAUCGGCUCAUCACUCACCUUGCUGCUCAAGUGAAGCCUAGGCCUCAUGACCCAAUUUGGCACAGGUUUCGACAACUAAGAAGACUCAACGAUUUUAACACUAUAUGUCUUCCUCUGGGAUAUUUUGGUCUGCUCGCCUACUGCGUGGCAACUAACAUGAAAGAAGAUGGCGCUACAAGCAAGAAUAGUGAAGCCAAUUUCGUCUCCGAGCCAAAGAACGAUAUGAACUAGCUUUAUAUUAGAAGUCUAGAAAGUCUCCUGAGCUUAUGUAAUUAGUAAUAUGACAUCUAGUUGUAGUUGUAGGUUUUGCUGGAUGCUGGCAACGGUAAUAGAAUCGGCCUGAAGUUGGAGUGGUAAUUAACUUUUAUGUGACGAAAGAGAACAGAAAAUCCAGCGAUAUCUUUAGGUAACUUGUCAUGUUUAUUUCUUGUGAGCAGAAAACUUCAGGUUGGUCCUCUUGAGUAUAUAUUGUCAUGCCUGCUUAUAUGGAAACA